CGUCGUCGGGAACGGUUCUGUAACAGCGAGUUAGGUUCAUUGUGCAUCCUUCUGCAUUUCAAAUUUGGUUCGGAGUGAAAUGGUGCAUCCGCGGGAACAUUCGUUACUCUGUGCUUUCUGAAGUCCCGAUUGAGUGAGAUCCUGUGCCGCUAGCGAGUACCUAGUAGGCGGAGCCAUCCAAAACUAAUAGUGUUUUCCCAUUCGCCAGAGAUCCUCGUCCCAUCGGUGUAGGAAUGGCGAGACGUGUUCUGCUACGAAGCGUAAUCAUAUACUCGCUAAUACUGAUGUUGGCGAUGACGGUGGGAUACGUUCGAACCCGCCAGGAUCACUACUACAGCUACCAGGAUCCGUAUGACGACGACCUAUCGCUGUGGAUUAAUGAACAACAGGUGAAGAUUUUUAGCGGUGUGGCAAUGAAGAUCUACGCCAUCGAUAAUGGCCGAGUUUCACCUCAUAUUCGUGACCCGAUGUUCAGUCAGUACCUGCCGAUUAUUCCGUCUGAGGUCAGCUGCGUUAACUUCACCUGGAAGUCGGGCUCGAAGAAGUACCAUUACAACUUUGACCGGCUGAUGUCCGAGGACGAAUCGGUGUUGAAGCCUCCAAGUAUCUCGAUCAAAACCAGUGGACGAGUUCCGAAGAAUGCCAAGGAGUUCAGUGUAACACUGCCCUGUUCUGGCAAUGUGUCGGGCAUAGCGGUGUUCAGCAUUGGACUCCUGAUACAGAGUCGCAAGGGCAAACCGGUCCCCGGUACGCCACUCCGAAUCAAGCUACGUAAGGAAUGUGCACAUAGAGGUGUGUAUGAUAGAACUUCUUCUCUAGCAUCUUCGCAAGGACCCGAUCCCGAGUGCGAUCGAAAAUGUGCCAACAGGGGCGUCUGCAACGAGGACAAGAUAUGCGUUUGUCCGGAGGGUUAUAUGGGCCAGUACUGCCAGACCGCACUGUGCUAUCCGCAGUGUAUGAACGGAGGGAACUGCACCGCACCGGGAAAUUGUUCCUGCCCACCAGGAUACCAAGGCCGACACUGUGAGGGUGGGAUCUGUUCGGAAAAGUGUCUCAACGGAGGAAAAUGCAUACAGAAGGACAAAUGCGAGUGCACCAAAGGCUACUAUGGACUGCGGUGUGAGUUCUCGAAAUGUGUCAUUCCCUGCCUGCACGAGGGAAAGUGCAAAGGGGUGAAUAAAUGUCGCUGCAAACCGGGCCUUAGUGGGGACCACUGCCAAAUAGGACGACGCCAGCGAUCAACCUGCAAAAAACCUUGCAAACACGGGACUUGUAUGCCGGACCACACCUGCAGCUGCGAUGGUGGAUGGUUCGGAAAGUUUUGCAAUAGACGAGAAAUGAAAAAACGCAAUAGUUCCAGACUGCCGAAAAGAUAGUUCAUGAUCCCAAAAUGGGAUCACAAAUGGUCCGCAGUUUACCAACGCACACAAACACGCAUUUGAACCGUGCCGCGCUUUUGUUGGUUUGAUUUUUGAUUGGUUUUAUUUCCUAUGCCUCUCCCGGUAUGCACCCGUGAAGAGAAUAAAGCUACAUGUGUAUUUUGUUGUGAUAAAUAAACGAAAAUUUAUAGUUUCUCAGUAUUAAACUAAA